AUGAUCCGCAGAACGUACGCCACUUCAGCCGAAUUGGAAGCCAUCGCCGCCCCCGCCCCUCCACCACAACAGCAGCAACAACAGCCUCGAGGAGCGCAGCCUCCCGCCUCGUCUUUAUCGUCGUCGGCGCAGAUCAACACCUUGCUCGAGGCGACGAUCCCUGAAGUGGAAGAGGAAGCGACGAUGGCUUAUUUGCAGGAGGAGAAGACGACUGUGCAGGUCGAGGAAGGGGAGAUUGUUGAGAGGGUUGAGCAAGGGGUCGAUCAACAGAUGGGUUCCUCGGGUCAGUAGGAGACUUGGUGCUUGGUUUGAACAGUUCGAUGCUGAUAUGAGAAUUGAACGCCUAGAACCUAUCAACAACCCACCUGCAGCAACCCUGCGCCUCCCAAGUCUCAGCUCCUCCCUCAAUUCGCUCCCCAAUCGACCCCUAUCCCAGAUCCCGACCCCUCACUCCCGCCGCGCAUCCCACUCCCCCGACCGCAAACAUCGUCGCAGCAACUCCCUCACCUCCGAGACUGGAUCGCUCCUUGCUCUUCCUGUGGCGGCUCAAUUGCAUGCUUUGAAAGCGAGGAACACGUCCCUCGAAGCCACGGUCACCAAUUGGACGGCCCAGCAUCAGUUGGCGAUGUUCAAAGCGACUUCGAGGAUCGCUUCGCUUGAGAAGGCGUUGGCCGAACAACAGGCCACGACGAAGGUCGAAACAGGCGGACCAGAUCCUUCGACGACGAUCUUCCAACAAGCCGCGGCUUUAGCUCAAGAUGUCGAAGGAUGGCAAGCCGAAGCCCAACGACUCCAACUCGAACUCGACUCCCUCUCGACCUCGCAAAAAACCGAACACGAUCGUAUUUCCUACGAGUUGGAACUCGAGAAGAGCAAGAAGAAAACCUAUCGAUUCUUGUGCGCCAAGUUGAGAUCGGAAUUGCACAAUAGGAAGGCCAAGGAGAAGUGGGAUUUGGGCGUGAUGGAUGCGGCCGAUCGGGCGAGGGAUGUGAAUGAGGUGCAGUUGGAGGCGACGAUUGCGACGUUGAGGAUGCAGGUGGGAAUUGCAAAGGUGGAUGCGGAGGAGUUGCAGGUACGGUUGUCACGACUGUCUUUAACGUGAAUCGGAGAGGCAACGACUGAUCUCUUGGGACUGUUCGAUCAUAGGAAACGAUCCACCGACAGAGAAAGAAGAUCUCGGCACUGAGUGCCUCUCGUUCCAUGUUGCUCAACACCGUCAACGCGUCCGAAGCGACCACCUCGGCACUACGAUCUGAAAUCAAUCUCGCUAAAACAGGGUUCACCAAGGAGACUAAGGCGUUACAAAAGGAAGUGAAUGCUUUGAGAUCCUCGUUGAAGGACGUGAAAAAAAGGGAGGUCGAGUUGGAGAAGAAUGUGGAGGAGAUGGCGGAGUUGAAGACGGAGAUCAAGGCGUUGAAGGCCGAGGCGUUGAGGUUGGAAAAGGGGGAGAAGAGGAGCGAGUCGAAGGAUGCCAAGGAGUUGGGAGAGGUGAGGAAGAGUUUGGAGAAGGAGAAGACGAAGAGGGAGAAGGUGGAGGCGGAGGUAAAGGAGGUGAAGGUGAGUUGCGACUCGGAUCAUGGGUCUUGCAGCAUUAGCUGACCCUGUUCGAAUGUUUUAUCGCAGGCUUUGCUCAAGUCGACUCAGGUGGCGCUCAAAGAUGCUCAAAGGAGCGCAGCAUUGAAGAGUCAAGCCCCUGCACCAUCCGCCACGUCAAAUGUGGCUCGAAAGACACAUGCAGCAGUCCACGUCGCGUCCGACCCCGUGGUGGCGUCCGAACCCGAAGACGACGACGACGACGACGACGAGGAGGAGGAGGAGGGAGAGGAGGAGGUAGUGCCAGCUCCCGUCGUCAAAGCGAAGAAGACAUCGACCACACUCGCCCCCGUCGUCGAUGAGCCAGCUUCCGACGACCAAGGUGGCGAAGUGUACAAGCCACAGAAAUCGAGGUCUCGGUCGGUCGCUCUGCCUCAAAAGACCAAAGCCAUCAUCGCCGCUGCUACAGCGGACGUCGAGUCCGAACGUGAAGGCGUUGCUGCAUCCAAGAAGCGCAAGAUGUUGGGUGACAAGAGUGGGAACACGUCGACGAGUCCCAAGAGGGAGGAGCUGAUGGCUGUGCAGCCUAAAAAGAUGAAGGUUGUCGUCAAGGCCAAGACGGCGAAGAUGGGAUUGAAGGAGGUUUUGGCGGAACAGGCUGCGGAGGAGGAGGAUGAGGAGUCGACGGCGCCGAAGAAGAAGAAGAAGAGGACGCUGUUUGGGGGAGGUGGCAAGUUCGCUUGGGAUUUGAUCGAGGUGAGUGGGGCUUUCCUGUGAGGACGGGCAAGUAUGUAUCGAAGCUGACAAUUACUGUCCUGGCUACUGCAACAGAACGCCGACGUCAAUAGUCUUGGGUUGCCGAGUCACCUAUCACCUAUCAAGGGUGGUGGGGGUCUGGGUCUGGGUGGUACUCGACCCGCAACGACGCUUGGCAUCCUGGGCCGCGGUUUGACGGGUGGCCGCAAGUCGAUUUUUUCUUGA